CUUUUUUGGAUAUUUAUUCACUUUGUAAGCACCUCGCUUCAGAUGAGAAUAUUGAAUAGUCUACAGAGAUAAGGAUAAGUCCUUUUGCCUCUGGACCCGUGGACAUAACCAAUCCGUCCAAAUUGGGAAAAAUGAAUUAGGGCUUCAUAUGGAUGCAAACAAUGCAAACAAUGCAUGUAGUUUUCUUUAUCUCAGCUUCAGAAAAAUAUACUCGAUUGCAUAUUUUUGAGUAGCCCAACCCUUGCUCCGUGGGAAAUCCUCUCAUAGUUGUCAAUCGCAAAUGUCCUCAGCAGCUAUCUCUCCCAAAGCACGACGGAUUAUCCUCACAGCCGGCGUCACAAUAUGCACAAUUACGGGCUCGUUAUACGGAGCACGCUUGAGAAUGGAUCAGGAUGCAAAGAAGGAAGCUGAGAAACAACGAUCCGCCACUCCGGCGGAGAAAAUUCAAGCUCUCGAAGCAACCCGGGAGGAACUCGUUAAGCGUCGAGCGUCGCUGGAAAAGCAGAUAGGGGAGCUGCGGGCCAGACAGGAGAGCAGGCGCAGGAAUGAGAGCAUUGGUAACAGUGGGCGGGAGCGGUGAAAUAGAGCAUAAGAGUUACGUCGGAUAACGAUCGCAAUCGCAAAUGAACGAGUCAAUUUACAUAGGGGACAGACUUAAACAAAGCCUUAAUUGCUGGGACUACCGACAUGUUUCCGCAUGCGACUUACGCCACCCCUAGAGUCUCACGGCCUCCUCUCACCCUUCGAACUCAACCGGUACUUGUUGACGCUCGCCGAGAUUCUGCGGAUUCAAAUAACAUUCGUUUGUUAUGUCUUCCAGAAUGGAAUGAUAUUUUGUUGCUACAUCCGCUGGUACAUGCUACUCGCGGAUAAGCAUUUCAUUUUAUGGGGGGAGGCUAGUGACGACCAGACGUCAAAGGGAGAGAGAAAUACUCCCGAGCUGUGCUCCCUGUCACCGCGGAUCAAUGGUCGAGAUUAUAUGCCACGGGAUGGGAUCUCUGAAUUUUGGCUGUCCCCAACCAAAACCAUACCCAGAAAAGGAGGGCAAAAGGAAAGGUGGUUGUUGUGUAUAUGCCUUUCAUGCUGGGGAGCUGCGGAUGGAAAUGAUCGGGUUGGAGGAGCUCCAGUUCUGUUAGCCUGGGAAAUGAGUGAGAUUUCAAGAAUAGCUUCGGCUGAGUCCUAUGCAGCCACAUACAAUGAAUACAAACGUGUUUUGGAUACAUA